GCCGACAAUCAUGAGUGAUUGUUCACAAAGAAUUCUCGAAACCAGACUUGCAUUAUGUGAAGCAUUGAGAAAACACCACGAUUUUUUGCCGAGACAAACAGAAAUAUUACAGCUCGCCAAUGAACUGGAAGCUUUAAAAGAAAUUGUCCCUUCGCUAACCACCGCGCAUCCUCCGUCUGCUGAUGGCGACAGUAUUCAGCCGUUACCCAAAGCGCAUGCAGAAGUAGUGUCGACUUUAUGCGAAGCCGUUGACAUGUACAACAACUGUAAGUACCUUCUCGCAGUGCAUCGCUCCAUCGAACAAUUGUCCUCCUCUGUCCGGCAGCUGUGUCAGUGCGUCCGGAAACCAAAACUUUGGGAACCAGCUCCCGACGAUCAGGAUUGGAUGGCAGACGAUGAACUCGCCUCGUUGAACGAUACUGCGGACAAUUGUGUCGGAACAUCGUAUCAGCACGAAACGGAUCCAUUUCAUUUUGAGAUAGACGAAGAUUCCUACAAGUUAUGCACGAAUGCUGUGGUAUUAUCGCUUGGAGAGGUGGAAUCUUUGAUGAACCAGCCAACAAAAUUCAGCAAGGACACCACUUUGGUACUUCAUGGCUUUCGUCAAGCUCUGCGCGACCUCAAGAUUCGCCUAAACGAACACAUCGAUCUACUGUGGCGGCAUUGGUUUGUCUGGCACACACGUACUCGUGAAGCGCUACAGAAUAAUCCGCCAAGUAGUUUGUCACGGUUGUUACUUGAUCUCCGGCUCAUUAAUGGAGUACUACCGGGCUCUACUCUUCCAUCGGCAACAGAAGCGAUGGAACUACUGGCGCACCCCGUUGACAAAUGGAUUCCCACGGAUGUGGGGCCUUUUCAUCCAUCUCCUUUAUUGGCUAGUUUGACUGUUUAUGCAAAACCCGAGCUUCUUGCUCAGCUCUUUCGUUUGGUGGAUGCUCUUGGCGAUUUCAGUGGUCGUUUUCAUGACUUCGUUGGGCGUCUCUGGAAGCACAUAUUUGAACCUUGGUUGGAAAAAGCACAGUGUGUAUCGGGUUCGUUGAAGUUCGAGAAAGGCUGGCCUACUCUCAGAUCCACUUACCUGGGCUCGGAUGCCACUGGAAGCAGCGAUUUCGACGAAGGCGAUGAUGUCGCAAUUCAUUAUCCCCGCUUGUUACCUGCAUGGCGACUGGAGCUUGUCGUACCCGAAGCCGCGACCGAUGAAGAUGACGGAUUAAUCUUGUCUUCCUGUAGCCAGCUAGCUUCCGCUUUUCAAGAUUUAUUCACUAACGUUCUCUCACUGCGACCUUCAUCAAACAAACAGUCGUCUAUAUCCUCCGCUCUCAUUAUGGAACACAGUGAUUACUUUGAUGGUGUUUUGGCCCGGAGGUUAAUUGAAGGCAGAUUUUAUUCUGUCUUGCCCUCAGCGAAACAGUGCCGCUCUACAGCCUUUCUCGCCUCAGUAACCCAAGCUGUUUACAGUCUAGCAAUGACGGGUAAGGAGACAGGCUUCCUCAGUGGCGAGCUUAGCGAAAACUUGCCAGUCGAUAAUGUCCAAGGUGGCGCAGCGCUUUUGUUGCGUUGGAUACACAGCCUACCACAAGUAGCUGAAAAACGCCGAACGAACGAAAUUUUAUCAAGAGUUCGAAAUCUGUUUGCGGAUACUAACCUGUUUCGCUUCACACUGUUGGCCGGUACGGCAUCAUGUACUAAGCCUGACCUUGGUGUCGGAUCGCUACAACUUCCUGACGAUGAUGAACUGACUGACGAGGAGCUUUGUGCGUAUGAGCAACAGUCGGCCGACAUGCAUGACUCGCCGGAUCGACUUUUGCCCUCUCUCUCUCGACUGUUGCAAUCAAAGGCCAAUCGAGAGGAUUUAUCGCGAUAUUUGGAUAUGGGCCACUUCCACUUUCCGCUGUGCAAGAUAUCAAAAGUUGUUACUGCUCUCAUGGAUGUCAUCAACGAACUGCUUGUUGAAGCACAAACCUACAUUGACCAUCUGACUGCGGAUCAGGACGCAAUGGAGCAUGAUACCACGCGUCGAGCGACCACGAUAAAGCUUGCGACUGGCAUUAUCGAAUUGGUGCCACGUCUGAUCAUGUCAUACACCUCCAUCGUGCCCACGGUUCACCACCAACUGGAAAAGGACUUAUACCUUGCAGCUCUGUAUCACAACAAUUGUACGUUCUUGGCCCACGAAUGUCUCACUUUGGGUGAGACUCGCUUAAAUCCCUUGAUCCAAAAGAUUCCACCUGAUGAUGAGAACGAUAAACAACGAGCACUUGAACGAUUGGCCUCUGUUAGCACGUGUGUCUUAGUCACACAUCUUCGGACUGCUGGAAUUGAGGUGCUCUUACGCCACCUGCAUAGGUACCGUGAACAAAUAACGGAAGAAGUGAAGCGAACUCGCGGAUUACGUGACCUUAGUCUUCCCAAUAACCGCCAGCGUCGCACUGAAUCUUUACGUGCGUGUCUAGACCUUCUUCGCUCGGUUUCUUGUGGCCUGAGGCCCCUAUCCACCUCCAUGUACUACCAUUGUAUAGGAUCUCUCUGUGAUGAACUCUGCGAAGAGUUGGUAGUUAAUAUUUUACGGUUGAUCGACCUGACCACCGAAGAUUGUGAAGUUCUUGCCAGUCUUCUUCAUGAAGUUGAAAAAGAGAUCGAGGAAUUAUUCUCCACUUAUCCUGACCCGGAGCUCCGAGGCUCUACAACACACCCACCUCUGGACGAGAUUCUCAAACACCGCGUACCUCAGCUUUGCCGUAUUCGUGGGAUUAUCUCCAUACUCACUUCGUGCACUUUGGUCGGACUGAAGGAGAGAUUGUGGAACCAUGGUGAAGGACCGCUUGCUGUGACAGCGCAAUUGCGGCCGUCAGAGGUCCGGUCAUUGGUUGAGGCCGUAUAUAGUCAAUCAAAACUCCGAGACGAAUUCCUAAAGGAAUUGCGAUGAGAACCUCUAUAAUUUUAUUUCUUUAUUCGUUGCCUUCUAUUUCAAGAAUUAUUGUUUCUACGCAUUUA